AUGCUGUCCACAAUACCGGCAUCAACUGGCCAAGGACUCGCCGCUGGCAAGGAAGAUCCUCUCCUGGAAACGGUGGUAGUGUACCAGAAUGAAGGUUCCAGCGAUUGUGGACACAGCUUCAAGAUGGGUCCAUUGAUUGAUUAUCUCCACGAAAGCAAGAAGAGCAGCUGUCCGGAAUGUCAGGGAUCUAUUGAAAUGGUGUGUGAUGGAAUGGUUUCCUCGCUCGUCGACAAGACUUCGGACAAGACCAUCAGUGACAAUCGACUGGUCAAGUUCAAGUACCGAAAUCAUCUAUAUCACUUGUCAGUGUUGAGAGCACCCACCGAUAAUCUCGCGUUGCCACAAUCUUGGUUCCUGUGGAUGUGGCACACGAUGCUACAUUUUGUGGGAGAGACUACAGCUGUAACAGCGCAAGAACGGAUUGCUCAUGUACUGAGGUUGGAUACAAGCUGUGGAAUGAGAAUUCUCCACAAGGGCAAAAUUCUGUAUCCAAAUGCAAAACAAUCUCCGGCAGAAAUCUCCUUGCAGCUGUUGGAUGUAUGCGACAAUGGAGGCAAACCAUUGGUCAUGGGAACUCGAAUGACAGAGAAAGAGCAAACUCGCGCAACUGUAAAGUGGAUAUUCAACUUGUGGCUUGCUUUUGUAAAGGCAUGCCUUGCCAAGGCGAUUGCUCUUAUUCAGGGUAUUGCGUCACCACUGCUGGCUUUGGGCACCACGGGUCGCGAGCAUCGCGAUUAA